UUACCUUGCAUUUACAUAUGUAUUUCCAGAGUUAUACCCGAGAAAACACAACCUCCCAAAGAAUUUUCGCUGCUCUCGCGUACCGCCGAUACGGAACAAAAGGCGUGGCGCAAGCGACAAAUUUCCUAUAAACUUACCAAGCGCGGCAAUGUCACACAAGCCGUCACCGACAUAAUACUGUGCUCAAAAUUAAAAGUAGCACCUGAGGGCUUCAAAUUAGCUGGUGAUAUAAAUGGCGUAUUGAUUUGUUACAAAACCGGUGCCAUACCCAUACGUUCACCGCCACCGGUACCAGGUGUCGCGUCACACUUACUAAACGGCGGCAGCGCAGGCAAAAUCAGCAAUGGCAGCAGUGAGGUGGAGAAGGCGUUGAAUCGUUUAAAUUUGAGCGGUGGUGGUGGCGCAACCAACUGGAAUGGUGGGCCACCCAAGCAGCCGCUACCACCUGUGCCCAGUGACCAUGACUACGAAGAAAUACAGGCUUCAUAUCAAAUCAAGUCACCGCAGCGACCUGCACCGCGUCCACCCUUCACAGCCAAUACGGCCACAAACACUUCAGGACAUAGUGUAGGCACUUUGGGUGCCUACUCUGAAGUAGAGGGUGUGCCAUUCAUAAUAAAUCCAACGCUGAAGCGUGUCACCGACAAUGAUUUACCUACACUGCCACAAAUCGCAGACGUGCUUAAGGGACUCGAUUAUGAUUUUCAAUUAGAGCGACAAAUACUUUGCACUAUGAAAUCAUCAGCAUCGAAAAAUCCAUUCUUUAAAUAAACAAAACAACACUUUCUGCAUGCAUAUAUUAAGAAAUUAAAACAUAAACAAAAAUUAUUAGAUGCAUAUGUUUUAAAAUUAGCUGUUAUAAACAAUGUUAAGAAUUGACUAAAGAAUUUCGAAAAUGUUUUAUCACUAAAAGAAAUUAAAAAAUUGUUAAAUGCGCUCGCAAAAACAAAGGGAGAA